UUCCGGUGCUAGUGCUUUGGCGGGAGCUAGUCGGUGCAAUCGGGAGUUCGCAUCCUGUUUCUUUUGAUGACAAUUCUGUUUGGUUUCAUGAAAGCGACAGUGCUUGUUUAACCAGUGUAACUAUUAUUCAGUGGUCUUGGUUGUAAUAGUGAUGUACGAUAUUUGUUCUACGUGGUCUUGGAACAGUGAUCGACAACUGAGACAGGAACAUGGCUUCUCUUGUGUGUUACAGCUACGUACAAUUGUAACGGUGGACAUGCAGGCGGUUGAGGGAAAAAGUGUGGAGCUACCAUGCAAUGUGACUCCCCCGGGCCACGACAAAGUCUACAUGGUGUUCUGGUUCAGGGACGACGCAGGCAUCCCCCUCUACAGUUUCGACGUCCGAGGCAAACCGCUGAGCCAAGCACGACACUGGUCUGCACCCGAGGUAUUCGGCUCGAGGGCUUUCUUCCGCACACUGUCCGAGCCUGCGCAGCUUGUUGUAGAGGACAUCCGGCUACACGACGAGGGUGUGUACCGCUGCAGAGUCGACUUCCGGAACACUCCGACACGCAGUUUCCGCUACAACCUUACCGUCAUAGUUCCUCCCGCACUGCCCACGAUCAUUGACCACUGGGGGCGUCAGUUGAACGCUACUGUGGGACCCCACAACGAGGGAGAUGACGUCAUCCUGACGUGUAGAGUCAUCGGUGGGAAGCCAGAGCCCUCUGUCCGGUGGCUCGUCAACGGAUUUCUCGUGGACGAAGAAUAUGAACACAACACUGGUGACGUCAUUGAAAACCGCCUGACGUGGCCGUCAGUGAAACGUGAAGAUCUGAACUCUGUGCUAACCUGUCAGGCCAUCAACACGGUUCUCACAGAUCCUCGGGAGAUCUCGCUCGUGCUCGACAUUCAUCUGCGACCAUUGACCGUGCGGAUAUUGUCCAAGGAGCUGCCCCUGGUUGCCGACCGCCGGUACGACGUCUCCUGCGAAUCUGCCGGCUCCAGGCCCCCGGCCGUCAUCACCUGGUAUAAGGGCAAGAGGCAGUUGCGUCGCGUCAAGGAAGAAACACGAGAAAACGUGACCGUGAGUGAUCUGAGCUUCGUACCCUCAACCGACGAUGAUGGGAAGUCCAUCACGUGUCGAGCGGAGAACCCCAAUAUCACAGGUGCCUUCCUGGAGUCCAGCUGGAAGAUUGACGUGGUUUUUCCGCCAAUUGUCUCGCUGAUGCUGGGCAGUACCCUCAACCCAGAUGACAUCAAGGAAGGUGAUGAUGUUUACUUUGAGUGUCACGUGAAGGCAAAUCCGGCCUGGAGGAAACUCAGCUGGCUUCACAAUGGUGUCCUUCUGAGCCACAACCAGUCCGCGCGUAUCAUUCGCAGUAACCAGUCUCUCGUGCUGCAGAAGGUUACCCGGCAAAGUGCUGGCAAUUACGUGUGCAUUGCCACCAACCGAGAGGGCGAAACGGUCAGCAAUGAACUCACCUUCAGGGUCAAAUACGCUCCGACAUGUCGCCAGGAGCGCAUUCUUGUGGUGGGAGCUUCGCGCGCCGAGAGCCUGGAUAUUGCCUGUGAGGUGGAGACUGACCCUCCCGCUCGGAGCUUCAAGUGGAAGUUCAACAAUUCAGGGGAGACCCUAGAGGUCUCGCCGGAGAGGUUCGCCGCAACCAGCAACGGCACCAUGAGUGUCCUGAGGUACACUCCUGUAUCGGAACUGGAUUACGGCACUCUGUCCUGCUGGGCUCAGAACGCCAUCGGUACCCAGACUUCUCCCUGUGUCUUUCAGGUAGUUGCUGCAGGGAAGCCGUUCCCCGUCCGCAACUGCACGCUUUCCAACCAGACCAGCAGUUCGGUAGAAGUGAGCUGCCAGCCAGGGUUCGACGGCGGCUUGCCACAGUACUUCCUCCUAGAGUUGUAUUCAGCAGAUUCGGGGAUGCCCCGGUACAACCUCACAAGCCCUGAUCAUCCAACCUUCUUCCUGGCCAACUUGGAGCCGGAUGUGACGUUCCGAAUAGCAGUGUUUGCUGUGAACUCCAAGGGACGCAGUCCGGGCAUCGUUCUUGAAGAAGUGACGUUUAGGGACGCGGAAAAGAGAACAGCGUCGGACGGAGAACUGCCGAUCUCACCCAUCCUGGGCAUGGUCGUGGGGGCUGCCCUCACCUUUAUUUCAGUCGUGCUUCUCGUAGUGGUCAAAUUUCGACGGUCGCGGUCUAGCGGAGACCAAGAUAGUCACCAGCCACACGUCGAGAAACACUCAGGACCCAACAACACAUCUUUGCUCCACUCGACGCCGAGCGGCAAGGACCUGGCUACUUCCGGUGUCAGAGAUGGUCCUGGUGACGAAAAGGACCCUGAUAUUAUUCCAGCGAAAUUUGCAGCCACAGCCUUGGCGGACCCAGUACCUGCAGCUGCGAGACCUCUGGUGGGCAAUGGAAACGUGAUCUUGAGGGAGCUGAGUCCCCCCUGCAGCUACCCUCCACAGCAGGCCCCCCUGCCGCACCCGAAGUCGCUACCCAUUUCUUCCCACGGACCCGCCGGCCACUGGGUCUCUCCGGGACCUGCACCGGUCAUGGACUCAGCGUGCAAUCAGUUUCCUGCCUCGGGAAUGUCAGCGUACUCGUGGGAUAUCCGGCCCAAAGAUCUCCGUUUACCUGGCGGACCGAGCCAGGCGCUAGGAUCAGCUGCUCCAUCCUCAAGUGUGGCAGCCUCCGCGGACGUGGAGCUCAACGGCACAGCCAUCAAAGAGCGGCUAAUGGCCAACCGGCUGCCCGAAAGCUGCGUAUGAGAUGACGUCAAUACUGCCAGUACAAUGGAGUUCACUCACAGUCAAGUUUGAGAUGUUCCAGUCUGGCAAACUGCUAUGGAAGAGACAGGGAAAAGGGAAGCACGUGUUUACAAUAAACUCAUCAAUGCAUUCAAGAAAUGUCUUCCAAGGAAACUUGCCUACCAACGUCGCACUGCCAGGUGUCAUCAACAGAAUACGUUGGUAAAGCAACAACUAUGAUUCAGAAGUUUACAGGAACAUAUUUUAUAACCUGUAAUUGGAUGAUUUUGGUUGUGACCUGUGAGUGUUAAAAACCAUCAUCGAGUGUUGUUUUAGUUUUGUUUCUAAAUUAAAAUUUAACAAGAAACAGGAAUUGUGGUGUCAAUCAUACAUUUCAAAGAGCUUCAUCAACAAGAAGAUGCUAUGUUGUUUCCUAAAUGCUAACAAACACCUAUGAAACUAUUGUAAUCAGCUGCAACGUCAUAUGUGGCUGUUUAUUAUCGAUCGAAAUGCAAGGACUUGUGCUCGUGCUGAUUUAUAUACAAUAGUGUAACGUGUUGGCUGUAUCGUAUGGGAGAAAGAAAACAUUACAUAAAACGUGCCAGUGAUACUGUCAUGAUUUUGAGCUAUUUCAUACAGGGAAGAAUGUGUUCUCCCAGAUUGUGAAAUGGAUACAUUUAACAUUGUUGCUUGAUUAAACCUUAAUUUUGGUAACUUACAUUUUCGAACAAAGUCAGUAACUACAGAUAUGUCAAAAUCAGGUUACAAACGCUUCAGUUGAAAAGAAACGUGACCCAUUUAAGCUGGGAACUGCGUCGUUUCUGAAUGUCAGAAUGCUCUGAAAUUCAUAUUACUACUCAAAUGAUAAGUUUGGGUUUGAAAUUCUGGUUUAACCCUGUCCAUGCUACACGCGAAAUAUCUGUUCCAAAUGUAUUUGUUCUAUGGAAGAACAAUGGAAGAAACGUGUGCCACCAUCAAUCAACAGUCACGACUAACUCAUUGGUGGCUUUCCGGCAAUUGAAUUUACCAGUUAACCAUGAACAUGCACUAAUCAUAUCUUCAAAUAACAAUAAGAAAAUAAAACGUUAAACCACACUCCAAAUAUGAUGCCCAUUGACACUUCUGUACAGGAAAUUGACUAUAUCCAAUUGUAACGAAUUCCUGAGUAUAAUGUAAAUAUUCUCUUAAGGGGUGUCAAAACAUGUUUCGUCCAAGCGAGGAAGCCACAGUGAAUUGUGGCCUGGUUUAUUUUGCAUACAUCUGGUUGUAAGAAUAUGUUAACAGUUUUCAGUAUGUAUGAUAUUUUGUGUCAUAUUUUAACAAUGCUGUAGACUUAGUAUGCAACAUUUUUGUAAUAGAGGCCUAACGCUGCUAAUCAUAAAGGAUAAUGAGCAUGUAUGGGCAGCUGAUUUGCUCGAAUGAACUUGUUGAUGUUCAAAUUCCUUGUGGAAUAACCCAUGACAUUUAUCAAACAAGAAAUUCAGAACAUGAUGAAUAAGGUAAAAUUGCAGGGCCAUGGGGGCACGUACAAGGUAGACGCAUAAAGUUCGUAAUAUCUUCCUGCUGUUUAAAAAAUUAAGCAAAGGACAUGUAUAAGCUGAACGUACAACAUGCAUCAUAAUGUUCUGUUGCUUAUAAAUUGAAGUAUAACACGUGUACAGGUUGGUUGCUUAGAGAAUGAAGCAUAGCACGUGUACAGGUUGGUUGCUUAGAAAAUAAAGCAUAGCACGUGUACAAGUUGGGAGUACAUCGUACACAUACGUGGUAUUGGCUAAUACUUAAUAAGUUAAGUGGAUGUAAUGGAACAAGUCACUGUUUUAAAACUAGCCGUUUACUUAUCACUUCAAUGUAAAGACUGUAUCGUUUUGAAGUCUAUAAGCCAAGCCCAGUGCAUGGUCCUGCAUUUUCGCCACUUUUAAUGUGGAGUCACAGGCUGUUGACUGAGUUUCUGAAUGCGUGUCAGUCUGUUCAUACUAUAAGGACGUUGAUAUCAUAAGCAUAGACCGCGUAGAUUCUGAUGGUGACGUCAUACUGUAUGUGUGUCAGAAGUCUUCUGUAUCAAAAAAUUAUUGUUUGAAUUGUGUGUGUGUAUGUGACUUUGUUAUUUUGGAAUGGAAUGUUCUUGAAAUAUUGGGGUAAAUUACUUAUCAUUACAUUAUUUUAAGGAAUCAUGAUUUUAAAUUAAAUGCAUCAAGGGAUGAAAAUUGCAAUUCAAAUAGGAUGUCUAUCUUGAUAACAGUGUUGAUGCUGGAAGGAAUAACUGUUUACAGGAAGGAAAUACAGCUCUUAUUUAUACAAAAUGAAAUCCGACAUUAACUGUUCGAUGUUUUAGUUAGAUGAUGUUUGAUCUUCUGAGUGAAGGACCUCUUAAACAGCCGUAUUUAAUCACUUGCACUCAGUUGACCCUAACAAAAUUUGUGACAUUGCCUUAUAUCUGAGAAUGGUCACUUGAUUGUUUAUUAUCACUGACAUUUCUAAAAUAUCGUAUGUUUAUGAGAUAGGGCCCGUGAUGAUGUAUCACCGCAAAAGGAUGUUGUGUUGCUGUUGAAAACAAGAUUAUUAAAAAUGUUGGUGAUAA